AUGCCUGGAGGCAUAAAAAAUUUAAAGCAGCUUUCAACACUUAUUCUAGCAUCCAAUGACCUCCAUGAGUUACCAAAAGAAAUAUGUCAACUAAAGAUGCUUGUUUCCCUGGACAUAAAUUACAAUCCAGUUCAAAGUUUACCCCGAGAAAUUACUAACCUAAAGCGACUAACUACCCUCUCGAUGGCUGGCAUCAGCCUCGAAGAAUUGCCAAAGGAGAUUUGUUGUCUGAGGAUGCUCUCCACACUGGAUUUGUCUUACAAUGGGCUAAAACAGCUACCAAAAAACUUUUCCAAUCUCAGUUAUUUAAAUACUCUGAAUUUGAGCAUCAACCGGUUUGAAGUAAUACCAGAAACCGUUUUUCUGUUGGAAAGGUUAAGCACACUUGAUAUUUCAUGGAACCGAUUAAAGAAGUUAUCGGACAAAAUAAAUACAUUAAGUCAACUUACCUCUCUGCAUGUGAAUGGCAAUCACUUGUUUCAGUUGCAUGACAACGUUGGUAAGUUGGAAAACCUGACCUCGUUAGAUGUCUCACACAACCAUCUAGUGCUCCUCCCCAGAACAAUCACAUCUCUGACAAAACUAAACGCUCUUCUGCUAAGUAGCAACAGAUUUUUUUUGUUACCAAAUUGCGUUUUCAAGGUAAAGACAUUGGUCACACUAGAUGCAGGGUAUAAUAAGAUCGCGAAACUCUCUAACCGCCUUGCUCAUCUCUCCGAACUAACCACGCUCCAACUACCUUGCAAUGAGCUUACUGAGAUUCCAAAAUGCGUUUCUGAAUUGAAGAAAUUGACAACUCUGAAUGUGUUUGACAACUGCAUAACAAAGAUCCCUCAAGAAAUAGAGGACCUCGAUCAACUAAAUACAAUUAAUCUGGGCAAAAACUGUUUGCAAGAACUGCCGGAAGGCAUUUUUCGGCUUAAAGGGCUAACUUCUCUGAUCUUGGAAUCAAAUCAACUAAAGCGGAUCCAGGACGACAUUAUCAAUUUCCAUCAGCUUACUACGCUUGAUCUGUCGAACAAUCGCUUGGAAGAGCUACCACAGGCUACGUUCCAGCUUAAAGCCUUGACAUCGCUUCUACUGUCUUCCAACAAGCUAAAGAGAUUGCAUGAAAGUGUAAAAAAUCUUGAACAGCUUGUUUCUCUGGAACUUUCAGACAACUGCUUACAAGAAUUACCAGAGGGAGUUGGUAAGUUGAAUAGUCUAGUGGAACUGAAAGUGACUGAAAAUCAGCUCAAGACCCUGCCGCUGUCCCUUGCUUGUCUACCAAAUUUGAAAUUGCUGAGAGUUGAUGGGAAUCCUUUACAAAUUCCUCCAGUGAAGGUCUGCGAGAAAGGCUGGCCAGCGAUUCGAGCAUAUCUAAAAAUCAGAAAAGGGGAGGCAUUGCAUCAGAAGGUUGUCCUUCUUGGUUCGAGUGGAGCUGGCAAAACUAGUUUGGCAAACACUUUAGCAAAGAAUAGACCAUCCUGCGUCGAGGAGAAAGACAGGACGAUAGUACUCGAUAAAAUUUCUUGGGAAAUUGAGUCUGGAAAGGAGCUAAUGGACGUUUGUGUAGUUGACUUUGGAGGAGACGAUAUCUACAAGAUAGUACACCAUCUUUUUUUGGAUGAAAACUCUCUAGUUCUCCUUGUUGUAAAUCUACAACGAUAUUGCGAGGAAAGGUGUAUGAGAGACCUAGGAAGUUGGAUAAAUGUUCUCAAAACUCGCGUGCCCAAAGCGCGGGUCAUUUUGGUAGGAACACAUCUUGACCGCCUCGAAAACGACGAAGAGAUCUGUGCUAGAAAAGAAAUGGUGAGAGCCCAUUUGUCUUUGUACUCAGCAGAAGAAGGACCAGUAGACAAACAAUCCAGUUUCAGGGUUGAAGACUUUUUUACAGUGUCCUCAAAGGAUUAUCAAGGUAUACGGAACUUGCGACUGCGAAUUGAAGAUAUCGUCGCUAAGGAUGGAAAGGCAAUUCCAACUGACUGGAUUGACAUUUACAACAGCCUUCAGAAUAUGGAAGUAACACAGGAUCAGCCAUUUUUGACAUUUGAUACCGUCAAACAGUUGGUGGAGAAUCAAGAAAAUCGGUUUUGGGAUAUGAUCAGAAGUAUAUUUAUUCUUAGCGAAGAGCGAACCCAAGCAAUCUUGGCCUUUUUCCAUGACAUUGGAAUUUUGCUGUGGUAUCAGCAAUCUACUGAGCUCAAGAGAUUUGUGUUCCACCGUGCAGAAUUUCUGACUAAAGUCAUGAAGGUUGUCUUUUCGGGAAACUUACGUGACGGUUCUCUGGCUUUUAAAGGUAACACCAGGAGAUGCUUUACAUCUCAUUCAUUUGAACAAGCCAAGCAAGAUUUAGUCAAGCGUGGUGUCCUAUCGCCAACACUGUUGAAGGUACUGUGGAAAGACCAUCAGAUUGAAGAAACAGUGUUCGAUGCCUUAAUAGACCUUUUAAUUCAUCUGGAACUGUGCUAUCCCAUAAACAGCGAAAGAAGAGAAGAAGGACUUCGUUUCCCUUGGUUUUUACAGGAAGACGAGCCAGAGGAUUCCUGUGUUCAGGAGUUUUUGCACAAGUCCCCUUCUUCGGGAUGCUAUCGCCUCUCAUUAAAGUACCUUUAUCCCGCGAUGUUACCUGAGCCACUCUUUCACAACUUCGUGGUUCGCCUCCACCAGCACAUAAGUGAUUUAAAAAGUCGUCACGAUUGGAAGAACGGAAUGUAUGCACGAGUUAAGAACUCGUGUCUCCUUGUUCAUAGAUCUCUCGAAGCAGAAGAAUCGAUUAUAACCGUGUCAGUUGAAGGAACAGAACUGAUGCAAAUUUGGUCGGUGCUUCUUGCUUGCCAUCACGAGCUAACUGCCUUGAUGAAACAAUGGCCUGGUUUGAGAUGGGAGUGCUGGAUUAUCUGCCCUUUCUGCAUGCGUGUGAAUAUCUCAGAGCCUGGAUACUUUCCUCAGUCAAAUUUGGAAGCGAAGUGUCCCAAGGGGCAUGUAACAUGCGAUCGCCAUGAAGAGAUGGUUCCCGCUUGUUUAGUUUAUCCUCUGAAAGAAGGUCAGUAAUGGAUAGAUAAAUCUUAAAAGGAGCCUUUGGGGGGUAAAUUCUUUUAAUUAGUUUUUGUAUCACUGCUAACUGGGGAAAAAACUAGCACCAUUUAUAAAAAACGUAAUAUAUAGAUUUAGCCAGAGCUAAAAGCGAAGCUCUGGAUAAUAUUUAUAGUUUGCUCAAACAAAAUAUAAAAUCGUGUAAUGCUAAAGGUAAUGUUACACUGGACGAUUCGCAACGACGAUUUUUACCGCAACACAGCGUUGCAAUGCUGGAACAAUGUUGUAACCUUUCGAAACAGUGUCGCAAGAAUGUUGCAACGCUGUGUUGCGCUAAAAAUCGUCGUCACGAAUCGUCCUGUGUAACAUCACCUUAAGCGGCGAAGGCAACGAGAAUGGUAAAACAACAAUAGGUCUAAUUAGCAAAAAAGCAACUUUGCACGUGGAGCACACUUUUUUUUGUACAUUUCUUUGCCCUUGUUUUGCACCACUACAACGUGAAACUUCCCAGUUACACUUUUUAUACAGGAAAUGUCGUACUUGUUCAUGUUCAAUUUUUUUUCACUGCCGUUCAUUUUCUCCCUGGUGGCCGCUAGUACUUCUUACUUUCUCGCCGCCGCUACAAAAUUUUCAUGUUGUUCUUCCAACGAAAAAUGUCUUCUUUGUUUUUUAUCUCUCGCUUUAGCUCUCUGUCGCUCUUUUUCUCGUUGAACUUCGCUGGCCUGUCACCUACUUUCUCUUUUUCUUUGUCUUUCUCUUUCUCCAUAUUCCAAAUGUGUAGACAUCACAAUUAAUCUAAGCUCAAUACUUUAGUCAACACGGAUACAGAAACAAUUUCCGCUUUCCGUCUUAAGUUUCCUCUUCUUGAAAAGACGCUGGUGGCUAUGCAAUUUCCCGCCAAAAUAACCUCGAGUUGCAUUUGGGUUGCCAUACCUGUUGAUUGAGUUAUUUUACAUUGGUAUGCCUGUGGUGCAGAAAGACAGGCGGCGGACGGAUGGGUACCACAUUUUCUUAGGUACUGGGCAGGGCGGAUAAAGGUUGGGCGGUGAAACGAGCGCGUCCGAGCAAAAAGGUGUGAUGCAGUGGACUGGGACUUUGCUUAGAAAUGUCGCUUGUUUGGCAAGGCUUGCGAUCCUUGCGAUGUGGUUUGUCUGGCAUUAGACACUGCCGCUGUCACUGAAUUAUGGCGGCUUGAUUUGUUUUCUUGCGCUUCUUCCUCGUUCCUUUGUGCUAGUACGCUGUCUCCGAGAGACAAAUGUUGCUAUUCUUUGCGGGAGGUUUAGUGGGAGUAGACAAACAUCUCUUUCAAAGGGUUUCUCUUAUUACUUCCAUGACUCUACCACUGAAUUAUAUUUUCGUUCUACUAUUCGCCAAUGUCGAUGUUAUUCAGAAAACAAAAAUAACUAAGUACUGUCUAAAACACGAAGGAAAAUCUCAUCCAUGUCAUCCAUGGCAAAACUACAAGACAGCAGAUCGUGUUUCAUAACUAGAUGACGUGUAUUUUAUAAAUGCGUGCAGCUCGUGCAAUGUGAAAUUAUGCUAAUUUCAAUAACCAUCAUCCUUGUAUUUAACUGCCAAAAAAAACAUCUCAUACGUCUUUCUGUUUCUUCGAAACUUCAAAAUUAGUUUCCCUUCAGUUUUUACUGUUUACCUUGUUUUGUUUUAGAGAGAAAAACGGAGAAAAAACACUAUAACUAACCUCAAAAAAUUUUGUUUACAUGCAGUUGCCGGAUUUGCGACGCAUUGCGCGGAUCGCCAUAGCGCGUUGCACCCGAGAAGCAAAGUUUAAAGCAGUACAACGCCACUAUAUCAAAAUAUAUCAAUCUAAGUUUUUGUUAUGUUAAAUAAAAUUUAUCCCCCUUUAACCAGUGUAGAAAUUGAGGUUAAGAAGUGUUAAGCUUUUGCAAACGAAACGGCGAAAGACGAUUAGGUGAUAUUUAGUGGAAGGAGGAGGUAUUCAACACUUUCAAAUUAAACUCAAAUUUUGGCAUUAUACGACCAACAAGUUUGACUUAUAGGCAUACAGACACAAACAUAUGAAACUGUUUAUUGAUAUUGNUUUAGUGGAAGGAGGAGGUAUUCAACACUUUCAAAUUAAACUCAAAUUUUGGCAUUAUACGACCAACAAGUUUGACUUAUAGGCAUACAGACACAAACAUAUGAAACUGUUUAUUGAUAUUGUUAUGAAACAAAUUUAUCUAUUUAACAUAGUAGCCUGAAAUUACAGAAAGAAAAUAGGAUUUCCGGUUUGCAAAAAGGAAAACUUCGCCGGCCUUCCAGCGCACCGGAAGCGCGGAAAGAGCGCUCGUGCCAGUCCUACUCCGCAUCACACAUUAAAUGAACGAGCGGAGCGCUCGUUUCACCGCCCAACAUUUAUCCGCCCUAGUACUGGGCUAUCCUCGUGCGCGCCUCGAGCUGCGCUAAUAAAGCCAAUGCCGAUCGUACAGAACUUUUCCCAAACGAACUUAGCGCUCUAAAUAAUUUGGACCUUUGAAUUCACUGACUCAUCGCUAUAGUUUCUCUAAAACCUACCGGGCUUGGCAUGUGAAAAAGGGUUAAAGGGAGGAAGCCUAUAAAAUAGAGGGGGUGGAGCUGGGAAUGCAAGGGACGGGAGACUUAAGGGUUGGACCACCCUGUCCCCACCCCCACUUAAUACGCUGUCAAAUACUCAACAUGUCUUAUGUAAUGGGAGCAAAAAAAGAUGGAACAAAAGCAGUUAUGAUUUUGUUCACGUUGCGACUACUAUAAACGGGGUCACCUAGACAAAGUUGACGAAUCGGAUUACAGAAAAAAAAAAAAAACAAUGCAGUCCGAGAACAAUCAUUACGAAACGAAAAGCUUCAAACGUGACCGUUUCAACCAGCUGAAGAAAGCCUAUGUUUCCUGAGAGGCCCGUUAGAGUGAGAGACGGAAGCGAAAAGCGGAAAUGUUAGUUAUAAUUUCGACUUGAGGUCGCAUGUUACUUCAAAGAGGGGCAAUGGUAGCGAAGAAAUUGCUGGUAGAUGACAAUGAUAACAGCUUGUGUCAAACGAAUGAUGUAUCCCGCCCUGGGUGUUAUGUGUAAGGUUUCGAAUAGAAAAACGCUGUCUGCUCAAAAAUUUGCUUCCUUGCAAACGUUUGCUAUCAAUAUUUAAAUGAUUAUUGUUUUUAAAGUAACUUGUUUUUUCAUGAGCUGCUGAUUGGCUCACAUCCAACUUUCUUGGAAUGUAUUGUUAUUUUCCUGUAAUCCGAUUGGUCAACUUUGUCUGAUUGGCCCCGGUAACAGUAGUCGCACUGUAAAAGAGGAAGUUUUAAUUUACUUGCUAUUUGUACCUCAUAAGCAAAGAAAGGUAAAGUAAAGACACAUAAUUGUUAGUUAAUUCUUAUUACUUUUAGAAAGGGCAAGAGACCGAAGAAUCUUAAAGGAAUUUGAUCGACAAGAAAGUGAGCACACUCCUGACUUUGAUUGCUCAGGUACUUUAUUAUAAUUUACAUUAAUUUAUAGAAUCUAUCUGGUUACCUUUCCCAAAGCUUACCCCUCUUCCUCUCUAUUUAGGGAUGUCUUAGUACGCUCAGAAUCUGCAAAGAAAUGCCGUUUUUAUGCUGAGUCCAAGCGUCCAAUAAUUUGCUACCGGAUUUGCAAGAAGUUGUAAUCUUAAUGGCCUUUAAAGCAAAGCUUAGGAAAUUACUUUUGAAGAGUUUUUGAAAUACCUUAUUAUUUCAUUGCCAGUUCAUAGCUGGUAUCUGUUUCAUUAUAUAUUUUUAAGGUUGAUUUUACUUUCAGAAUAUUGAUAAUAAUAAUAAUAAUAAAUUACUAUUAAUAUAUUAUUAUUAUUAUUAUUAUCAUCAUCAUCAUCAUCAUCAUCAUCAUCAUCAUCAUCACCAUCAUCAUCAUCAUCAUUAUUAUUCAAAUAACAAUAUCGAUCAUCCUUGAAGAUCUUGGUUACCAUAUAAUUGACAGGCGAAGUCUCGAGAGACAAUGCUUGUGUGACCUGGCCAAUUUGUGGUGGUGCUGUAACGUCUUGUCUGGCUGUAUAGGCUAAUGCGCGUAGACUAGUCACAGUCCCCUAUUUUCCGUAAGAUCGUCGAGAUCGAGCGCUUUGUGUUACGGGCAGCCAUCUCGGAUGAGCGUUAAAACUACUUAGGGGGCGGGGGUUGGUUUAGGAGGAAGCUUACAUUGGGCGAGGUAGAAGGAAAGAGUUCAUUUGAGAUUUUCUUUUUUGGUUUCCAGUCGCUGUCCAUGAUAUCGUUUUCAAGUCAGGAUCACCAUCACCCAGGGUUCUUCAUCUUGUGUCAAGUGACGUGUGCGCCGUCUGGAAAAGCCUUGGUCGACAACUGCGCAUAGUCGAUUCAACACUGGACCAGAUUGAGGCUGACAACAUAAGGGAAGGACAAUACGAACAAUGCUACUGCAUGCUGACCACAUGGACCGAGGUACAAACUGACCCGCCAACAUACCAGGAGCUUGGGCAGGCUUUACAACAUGAAACUGUCGGGAGACCUGAUAUAGCGAAGAAGUACUGCUGCGAAAGCGAUGACGAGGAGUCUGUAGAAAUGUCAACUGGUAAAUAUAAAUCACACCAGCCUCCAAUCUUCUUUUACUUAGUUCGUGACACAGCCCCUUUAGUCUCCGUCUGUAUCAAGAUGUCGGGCAAAUAUGAUUUUUUUAAAAAAGCCUUUAAAAAACACGAUAGUGGUAUUUCUGACAGUGCAGAAUAACGGAACGGACAGAAAUAUCCAUUUGGCCGACUAGAACGAACUGUGGGUAGGUUUUUGAGAUAUGUUUUAGCGUGUUUUGUUGUACGUUGCAAAUUUGAAUCAGUUUAGGUCAGCAAUCGAGCUCCUAACUUUUAUUUUAUUUGCCAGUUUUAUCAUUUUUGUUUAUAGGCAUUUGACAGCUAGUUUUUACGUACCUCUGCCAUCGAGUUGUCGGCAACUCAGCUGAUUUCAGCAGGCGGGCGUGUGCGUUCCCUUUUUUCCCACAUUGCGAUUUGGGUUUUAUUAUCCUGCAAUGUCGCACUUUGUUUCUUUAGAGGUUUGCUUUUCGCCAUAGGGUGUUAUUAUUAUUAUUAUUAUUAUUAUUAUUAUUAUUAUUAUUAUUAUUAUUAUUAUUAUUAUUAUUAUUAUUAUUAUUAUUAUUAUUAUUAUUAAGUGCGAUCUUGUAAUCUAACGUUUUAAAUUUUGCAAUUGACUGGCUUCGAGGUCCUUGCUGACCAACAGGCCCCUGUAUCUACUCUUGUGUGGGUGUCUUCCUGGGUAGUGAAGAUAAAAUAGUUGGUUUUCCUCUUUUGCAAUCUGGACCAGAAUCAAUGACAAUCAGGACCUCUCUCCUCCGCAGAGGACACUUUGUGUUGUGGGGAGGCUGGGAAAAAAGAAAAAGAGAGCGCGCGGAGAACGAUGAGAAGGGGAAAUAGAGAAGAGAGGCUCCCGCCUCUUCUCUCUUCCCAUCGUCCCCCGCGCGCUUUCUAUUUUUUCUUUUUUCUUCGAUGAUUGCUAUUUUUAUAGGGAUACCCAGCGGGAGCCUUUGCGGAAAAGAGAGAUUCAGAAAAACGUUCUGUUAAAGAACCAUGCUAAUCGAAAAUGCCUUGCGUGCCAUGCUGAUAUUUAAGCAGAGAGUGUCAAGUGAGUUCCACCUAAACAAACGCAAUGAAUGCUACCAUGCGCUUUUAUAGUAACCUUACGAAAAAAGCGUUCAUCUAAUCACGUGCGAGUGCAAGAGUUGAUACAUCGGGAUCAGAGGCACUCCUGUAAUUUUUCAACUUUCUUUCUUUCUUUCUUCUUCUCUUUUGUUUUUCACUAUUACAGGCGCGCCGUUCAAGGAAGGCGUGCUAAACCAACAAGAAAUCCACAGCCUUGCGCGGAAGCUUAAAACAUGGAAACGCAUCGGAAGAGCUCUACAACUGGACGACGCUACGCUAAAUGAAAUUGAUGAGGAUAUCAACGGUUUAGUAGAGAAGAGUCACGCAAUGCUCAGAAGGUGGAUGGAAGUCAAUGGAAGCGCCGCAACUUACCAGAAACUUGCUGAAGGACUUGAAAUAGCAAAAAGAAGAGACUUGAUAAGAAUUUUCUGCUGUGAAAGAAUAUGAUAUGAUCUUUGUUAUCUCUUUAACCUGGUUCAUCAAAAGUGACACAGGUUAACGAACGUUAAUUCGCUGAGGAGGUGUUUAGCAAAAGUUACUUCUACUGUUUAAUAAUUCAUUAGCCUGACUCCC